AUGAGGGAUUAUCCUUCGGUGCCCAAUGUGUUUCGCGUGGCCUCCACGCACAGCAUCAACAGCGAGAACCCGUACAACAACAUUCGACCAGCGAAUGUAAUCUGCAACACCACCGAAAGGCCGCCGCUGCCCAUACACCAGCUGACCACCAGUGCAUCCAUCGAGCACAGCCACCCAUCGCAGCAGCCGCAGCACCAGCAGCAACAGUUGCUGCACCACCCGCAGCAGCAGCACCACCAGCAACACUCGCCCUAUGCAACAUUGCCGCGGGGCCAGCGACUCGCGCCGCAGCAGCAUCAGCAAGCUGGCCUAAUCAACACGAUCUCUGGCAGCAUUCCGGCCACGGGAUUUAGUUCCCUGGCCGGCAGCUUUAGUGAUCUUCAGUUGAACAACAUCGGUAAUCACAGCAGGAGCAACCACAACAGCAUCAGCAACAACCGACGACUGCAGCAGCAGCAGCAGCAGCAGCAGCAGCAGCAACAGCAGCAGCAACAGCAACAGCGGCAGCAGCAGCAGCCGCAGCAGCAGCGACUGGUGCCUCUUUUGAGUCGCCUCCAGCCAGCCAUAGAGGUGCAGCAGACGCAGCAACAUCAACAGACGCAGCAGCAACAUGUCCAGCGGAAGCAGCAGCAAGAGCGCCUGGCCAGCGGCGGUGCUGGUGCUCCCGAUCCGCAGGGAGGCAUCAGCAACAUGACCACCGUCAACGGGGGUUACCUGUGGCUCAUCACACCUGUUGCAGCCAGCAUUUCGGUGGCCAUUGUCAUCGCCGCUCUGGCCGGACCCCAGUGGCUCUUCACGGAGGAGAAGCUGCCCAAUGCCAACUACAAUGGGACGGCCAACUUCAAAGCCCUGGACGAUGGCGCCUACAUCACCAAGUACACCAAGUCCAGUCUCUGGAUAUUGUGCACCACUCUGCCAGGUCUGGAUGCUGAUUCGUAUAACUGCGUUAAGAUUGACUACUUUUCCAAUGAGGGUUAUCAGCCAGAUCCGCACGACUCAACCGCGGCAAUACCCUAUACGGUCACCAAGUCGUGUCCUAUUUUCCUGGCUGCUGGUGUAUUUCUAGUGAUCAGCUUCAUAGUUUUUCUGAUCCCCACUUGCUCGCAUCAAAACAAUCUGUAUUAUUUCAGCGCGGGAAUUCUUUUCAUUGUUAGUGGUCUAGUGAUGCUGAUAGGAUUGAUUGCCUAUAUAUCAAUACUGAAGGCGGAAAUCGGGUCGAAGUUGAGACCCCGGUCCACCCUUCAACCAGCCCUCAUCAAGGUCUCCUAUGGCCAGAGCUUCUUCCUCUUCGUCUUUGGAUUCAUUGUCACGGAAUUCGUUGGAGUCUUGAAUAUAUUCCUCUUCAUCAAUUUGCAGGAGGUUAGCUACUACAGUGUGAGUAACUGA